AUGGGGAUGUUACUGUGGAAAGAAGAUGAAGAGAUGGUGGGGAGCAUCAACAAGGCCGGCGAGAGCGCAUUGUAUGUGGCGGCUGAGUUAGGGUUUGAGAAAGUGGUAAAGGAGACGGUGAAGUUCUUGGAGAGCGGCAGGCAAUGUGAAGAAGGUGUUCGGAAUCGCGCUUUGAGGGGCCCGGAAGGCCAAAACCCCUUGCACGCUGCUGUUCUUGCUGGAAAUAGGAAAAUCGCCACCCGCCUCCUCCUAACCGACCCUUCCUCGGCCUACACCAAGGAACGCACCCAUGGCCGAACCCCACUGCUCGAAGCUGCCUCGUCGGGCCAUCUCCACGUCCUGGGAGAGAUCCUCGAGCACUGCCCCGACACGGUCGAGGUCGCUGACGACGAGGGCCGGAACGUGGUUCACCUCGCGCUGAAGUGCGGGCCGAAACACUCUAAGGCGGUGUUGAGAUUGCCCGAGCUGGUGAGGCUGGUGAACGAGGCCGACUGCUUUGGGAACACGCCGCUGCACGUGGCGGCUGGGGACCUGAACUACAGAAUGGUGAAGAGGUUGCUGAAGAUUCCCGGGGUGGAUCUGAGGGCCAAGAACAACAAGGGCUGCACGUUUCUGGAUAUUUGUGAGUCUAAGUGGCAAUACACCAAGAGGAAGGUUAGGCGGUGA